CGCAAGUUGCAAGGACAAUACUUAACAGCUAAGAAACCGUAAUUACGUGGCAGCUUCACAUCGGCGCUCGGCCCCACUAGAUCGAGCCGUAUUCGAGUGCGUGCCGUAUCGGUCGGCCCUGGCGUCGGCGCUAUACAUUUCUUCAGUACCCCUUUGGUGGGUGCAGCUUAUCGUCUGUAUACGUCGCUCCUCACUGCUCCUCAGCACAGCCGACCCACACCUGCUGCCAGCUGUACGCUUUUUCACGCUCGCGAACCAAAGAUGGUCUCGAUGGCCUCUGUUGGCACAGCUCUGAAGGAGUCAUUUGCUGCCAAUGCGGCGGUGUAUUAUAUUUUGGCAGCUUCCAUCGUCGAACUUAUUGCUGCCGGUGUGCUGUGCGAAAAAUGCGACUCGUAUGUUGCGUGGGCGGUUGCUGUGGGUGCGAUUAGCACGUUCUUUACCUUCGUGCACGCCAUCAUUUGCACUUUCAAGCCCUCCCUCGCCGCAAAGAUUGCGCCCUUCCUCAGCACUUUCCUUGUGCUAUGGUGGAUUCCUGGCGCCGGCAUCCCCACAUUCAAGAGCCCCUUCGUGGUGGUGGGCAACGGCUACUUCUCCUGCUGGGUGGCGUUCCUGGCCUCGCUGGUCUUCUUCCAGCACAACGGGCUCGCGCUGAUGAGCGGCGCCUCCGGCUCCGAGGCCCACGAGGCGCAAGGCCAGCAGCAGGGCAGCAGCCAGGUGUAAGGCUGUAAGCGUGCCCCCGCAACACCAGCGCCAGGGCUAUUGCGUCGCCGCCGCCUGGAGGGGUGGCAUCGUCAACGGACGGCUGUGCACGGCGCCGCCAUCGGUCACACCACGUACAGGUGGCCCUGUGGCGCUGCGCUUUGCGGGCUAUGGACGCUGGGACAGAGUGGCGGCGGCGACAGUGUGUGGCCGUAAUAAUGUGGGUAUUGCUGGACCAGGAUCGCCUUGUAUAUACUGUAAAUGAUGUUGAACAAGCUGACACCUGCGGAUACACCAGUGCAUUGGCCUCCAUGUGCGUGGCUAGUUGGAUGAAAGCGGGAAGACAGGUUCGAAGUACUGUAUGUGGCUGUGGUUGGCAAUGCUCUACUGGUGGCUGCACGGGUGCAUCCCGGUGCAUACGGCAAGGUUCGGUCGGGGGCUGGGGCGGAUGGUAAGGUUGACCGACUGGGUAUCACGGGUGCCACACUGCCACGUGCGUACCCAUCACUAAACCGUUGGAGGACUGGCCAUUCGCAUUGCAGGAGCACGCCGUGCAUUAGAGAAAUGUAAGCUAGUGUACGGUAUGAAGUUGGUAAUUCGCUAAACGUUAGAGGAUGCUACUGUACUUGCUUUACGUUUUAGCCUGGGGCAUUUGGCCUCCACUGCUGCGCUUGAGGCUGGCGCCCGGCGGCCGUGCCCAUGGCCGCGCGCGGCGGGCGGCGCAGCAGGAUUCGGGGCAGAGACUGGCGCGUGGACCAGGGGGGGGGGUAGAAAGCUCAGAUUCUUACCCCAUGCUCAAAAUUACAGAGCUUUAGGAGAGCAUUAUGCACGUACUUUUAGUUUUUUAAGGCGGUGUCUGGUGAGGAAGUUCUGGGCCGCCAAAGUUGGGGGGUCGGUCCUCGUCCCUGGGGGUCCGUCGGGUUUCGGGAGCCCAUCCUGGCGGAUUUCGGGAAGCGCCCCACAAGCAGAACUAGGGGCCAAACGCUGCAGUACGAGGCUCAUAUGUGCACGUUAUGACGUAAUAAGCACAGACAAAGCGUGGGAGGGCUAAGUUGCGCGUCCGGGCGUGGACAUGUCGGGACAUGUCUCCACAUUCAACACAUGCGCACUGACACAGCUGGGCUCUGAAGCGCUGGUGCGCACGAAUUCACGUCUAACAAGGCUGCCGAUGCACAUUGUCCAUUCGUCACGCGGCAGAGAGUUGAGCGCGGGGUGGUCUGGGUCGAGGGGAUUUCCAUGGAUAGGAUCCCGGUGACCGAAGUCUCAGAACAGGACCGCUGAUGACACGGAGUGAUAGUGCUCGUCAAGAGGAGUCGAUUGACACCACUUUGGUAUUAAA